UAUAUCUCUCUCACACACACACACACACACAUUUGGAUACGCUUUAACCGCUACCUUUCGAUCGAGUUCUUAGAUCGUCAAGUGGAGAUAGAUUCGAGAUCUAAGUAUUACCUGCUUGGAUCUUGACAAUGGAGUUUGGAAGCCAACGGAGAGAUGGGGAGGUUAGUCAUUGCAGGAGUCUUGGCAGCAACUGUCAUCCCUCUAGUCAAUCUCGCAAAAUAUCAAUUGGGAUAAUGGGGGACUCAUCAAAAACGAAACCUAGAACUACGACUGAAAAUGAUGGGAUAACCGCAGUUGGACAACAGAUAAAUAAUUCGCAGAAUAAUUUAAUGAGAAAUGGUCGUUUGAAUGGUGUGAAGGCUCAAUGUGAGAAUAAUAAGAAUCCUUCAGCUUUAGAACAGACAUCAUCGCCAUGGGUCUCUACUAGAUUGUUUCAGCAAGAGGUUCAUACUUCUACUGCACUUCAUGCAAAAGAGAACACCCAUAUACAUGCUGCAAGUGGCGGAUCAUAUAGCAGAUCUAGUGCAGCAAAAGAAGAACGGGUGACUGUUACUCAAACUGCUAAGGUAAAUCAGAAGGGGUACACUGUUGCCCAAAGAGAAACUGUAGAACGUUCAUUUGCAAAUGUGCAUGAAGUUCAUACUCCAGUGAAGGAAAUGAUAGAGGAUAAAAUGAGCACACCCGUAACUAGAAGCACUGAAGGACUGAGAAUGAAAUUGAUGGAAAUAUUGGGGGCAACUUCCUCGCCAGUCAAGCCUGUGUCAGAAUUUCGGCCUUCUGAUAUGAAAGAAUGUAACCUAAAGGAUAACAAAAGUCAACCAGUUAUGCAGCCAAUACAGGACUCUGACACAAUAGAAAAGGAUUCUGAAGAUCCUGAUUACACAGCUAAGAGACCUGUUACACGUCCCUUGCUCCGGAAGGGAGCUUCAAAAAAAGUACCAGAGAGCAAAACUGGAACUGGGUCAUAUUUCACUCGCAAAAGGAAAAAUCAAGAAAACAAUGCUUCCCCUUUUGUGGAUGGAUUAUCAAGACAACAGGAUGGAACUUCCAUGGGUGGUUCUAAAUCCUUGGGAAGAAUGGGGAAGAAGAGUCUUAAACUUGAGCCAAACAAGUCUUUGCUUAAUGCACAAUGCGAGACUCGGCAGACAGCUAAUGGAAGCAAACUCAAAACUCCAGCAGAGAAGAUAUCUUCCUACGGUAACAAAAUUUUCACUUCUCAUAAUCUUCCUUCUGAGAAAAAGGAUAAUGUUGGUGAGCCAGAUACUAGACACCGGGAUGAUGCAUCACUAGAGUCACCUCUGAGAAAUAAAAGAGAUCAGACUUUGUUUAAUGCACAAUGCAAGGCAACAAAGACCCGGAAGACAGCCAAUGAAAGCAAACUCAAAGCUCCAGCAGAAAAGAUAUCCUUUCAUGGUAACAAAACUGUCACUUCUCAUAAUCUUCCUUCUGAGAAAAAGGGUAAUGUUGGUGAGCCAGAUACUAGACACUGGGAUGAUGCAUCACUAGAGUCACCUCUGAGAAAUAAAAGAGAUCAGACUUUGUUUAAUGCACAAUGCAAGGCAACAAAGACCCGGAAGACAGCCAAUGAAAGCAAACUCAAAGCUCCAGCAGAGAAGAUAUCUUUCAAUGGUAACAAAACUGUCACUUCUCAUAAUCUUCCUUCUGAGAAAAAGGGUAAUUUUAGGGAGCCAGAUACUAGACACCGGGAUGAGGCAUCAUUAGAGUCACCUCUGAGAAAUAAAAGUGAUCAGACUUGUGAUAUUUCCUGUCCGAAUGUUGAUGAGCCUGAUACUAGACACCGGGAUGAUGCAUCUCCUCAGUCACCUUUGAGAACUAAAAGAGAUCAGACUAAUGAUAUUUCAUAUCUAGCCAGAGAAAGCACUCAACAAGAAGAGUUCUUUGAUCCUUCCUUGAAAAAUAUUGUAGAACCAUCUCCUGUUUUCCAUAUUCCAACAAAUGGAACUAGACCAUCAUUUGCAGAUUCUCCUCUUGGUUCCCCAGAGAAAGACACACAUGGAAACGCGGAUCAUACUGGAAAUGCUGAGCAAUUUGAUUCUGGAAAGUUCCAUGGUUUCAUAAGCUUUUUAUCUCCAGCACAAUAUCAUUGCAAAAAACACGUGGAGGCUGAGGCUGAGGCUGAAUUAUCUGAUGACGGAGAGGAACAUGAAGAUUACCAUUUUACUCCAUGGAAUUUUACUACAGAAGACAAGGAUGCAACCAAGUUGCCUGAACAAUGCUCUGAAGAAACACAUUCUGACAACUCUCCAGAAGUUUCAGCUAAUGAAGACGAGGAAACAGAACAUGAGUCGCCAGAAAUUGCUAAUGCCAAAGAAGCAAGAUUCACCCUUCAUCCUAAUAAAAAGUUUCGAAGUCAAGAAGGCUCUGAAGUCAAUGAGCUUAGUCCCCUUGCAGACUCUGUAAAAGGGACUGAACAAAGUAACAAAUUUGAGGAAGAUUCAGACCAAAAUAACGAAGAUGAAUUAGAGACUGUGGUGACCAUACUCAGUUUGGCUUUAGAAAGAAUUGAAAAGAAAAUUAAAGCAGCAACUGCCAAGAAAUCAGCUGAUAUUAUCAGUUCAGCUGCCCAAGAAAUUCAUGUGCAGCUGCAGACAACUGAUUCUCAUAUUCAAAAAGAUAUGGGAAAGUUAAUAAACCUUGCUAAAUUGAAAAGGAAAAGUGGAGAAGCGAGAUUGGAAGAGAAACAAGAACGGGUGAGGGUUAUAUAUGAAAAGUUCAAAGAUGAUGUUAAUCAGCAUCUCCAGGAAUGCAAGAGCAUCGUAAGUGAGCUGGGAUCUCAGGAAGCAGAAUUGAAACAAACCAUGGAGAAACAAAACGCGAUUCACAGAAAGCUUAUCAGGCAAGCAGAAGAGGCAGUUGAGAGCCAACUAAAAAACGCUGACAGAAGAGUAACUGCUGUAAAUAAGUUGGCAAGAGAGAAGACACUUCACCUGAGAAAUGCAAUAGCAGCAUUUCUGGAAGAGGAUGACAUGAACUAAGAAAGAAAGAAUCAUGCCCAAAAUUCAUAGUCUCAGAGAUUAUGAUAUUAUCUAAUAAGGUAAAUACCUCCCCAUUCCCUUUUUAUUUUUAUUUUUGUAGGUUUUAUUCAUUUCUGAUAGACCCCCACUAUUGUCAUAUGAAUACACUUUUGUUAUUUUCCAAAUAUCUUCAAAACAUA